AAGAUGACACAAUAUAUCCUCUUUAAAUAACUCUAUGGGGAAAAGGGCAGUCUCCUAUUUUGGAGCUUUCUGGAUAACAGGUUUACAGAUAAUGAAUCCCAAACCUGCACUGUGAUUAGAAAUGCCAGGGGAAAGCUCUGUGAGAAAAAAACAAGAAACAAAGUGUCAGGUCUGGUGAGGAUAAAAAGGAUUUACCAUGACAUUUCAGUGGACAGCCGUUGCAAGUUUUCUGUAUGGGGAAGUAGCUGUACUUCUUAUUCUCUGCAUCCCAUUUAUUUCUCCCCUGAGAUGGAAAAAGAUAUUCAGAUUUCAGCUGUGGAGUAAAGUAUCACCCUACUGGAACAAAGCUUUUCUUUCAAUUAUAGUUGUACUGAUUGUUUUGUUUCUGGAUGCUGCAAGAGAAGUGAAGAAGUAUUCUGCAAAUCAUCUGACUGAUAAAAAUGCAAAGCUGUAUCCAAGUUCCUAUGAUCACAUCCACAUGAAACUUUUUAGAUCUCAAAGGAAUCUUUACAUCUCCGGAUUCUCUUUAUUUUUGUGGCUUGUGUUACGUAGGGUGGUGUCCCUAAUAAUGCAGCUGGCAUCAGAGAUUGAAAGUAACGGCGCUAUGCAAACCCAAGUAGAAAAUGCCAAUGAAGCUGCCAAAAAAUACAUGGAAGACAACGAGCAUUUAAAAAAGACAAUAAAUAGUGCUAAAAUGGAUGAAGGCAAGUGGGCACUGAAAGCAGAAAAUGAGAAAUUAAAGACUGAAGUUGAAAGCCUUAAAGAGGAGUUAAAAAGAAUGACAGAAGCCCUCUCUAAAUCUCAAAAAGAUUCAAGUGCCAUAAAGAAACAGUGUGAUGGCCUAACUAGAGAAUUUGAUCAUCUUCUAAAAGAGCAUGAAAAGCUGCAGAAUGCAACAGAGGGAAUACAAAAUAAGAAAGAGGAGUAAUUGAUGUAAGGAAUAUAUUGCUCUUCGGAUGUAACCAGUAACAAGCUGCUGUCAGAGUUCUGGCAGUGGGGCACUAAAGAGUUUCUUGGUGUUAAUUAUGGGACAUAAACAUGUUUGUCUUCUUGCUACUGGCAGCCUAAGGCAUUUUUGGUAAUAACAACACUCUAAACUGCCACCUACAUCAUUAUCCUAAUUAGCAAUGCUUACUAACAUAUAUAUUUUUGUAAAGCUGCAAACAAAGGGACAUUUUGUGUGUUUGUUUCUUAUAAAGUGUGGUGCAUUUGGUUCUAGUAAUGAAUCUGUCUCUUCUUUUCUGCUAUUUAGUACUAGAAAUGUUGGACGUUGACAAAAAUAGCAUAUAUUUUCUCAUUAUAUAGAACAGCUCUGUUUUUAAAUUGUUGCCUGUGUACAGGUAUGUUGUUUUUUGUAUGGGCAGUGUGCCUUGUGUGACAUGUUUAUUGCUAUUUUCACUUAUUUUUUAAGAUAAUACCAGAAUACCAUACAUUUGUUUGGCCAGUCUGACUGCACAAGAUCUAAAAAUGUGAUAAUUUGACCCUUGUCUUGGACAGAACGCCCCAGGAAUCAAGGCUGAUUAAAUAUUGUAUACAUAUGUAAAAGCAGUAAUCAUCAAACUUUUUUUCUUUUAAAUUGGGGCACCUUUAGGGACCUCUCCUAGGGUGCUGGGUGGGCUGUGGAUUAAUAACCACUCCCAGCUAAGUAGCUUGUGGACUUAUGGUUUCCAAUUGUGACUAUAGGUGCAUAGGUAUAUAUAUAUAUAUAUACGUUGUGUAUAUAUAUAUAUAUAUAUAUAUAUAUAUAUAUAUAUAUAUAGGUAUAUAUUGUCUUAAAGUCAAUGAAAGCUCUUUGGUGCUGCAUUUUGGGCUACUUAAACAUGUCACUAAAAGUGCUCUGUUUGCCAAAUUGGCAAGGGGUGCACUGCUGAAGCAUAUGCGCAUAUGUAGCAUUACUUUCUUUUGAGAAAAAAAAACAGGUUUCAAAUGUCCUGAGCAUGUGUGACUAGCUUUUCCAAGCAAUAUAUAUACCCAAGUGCCAUUAUUUUGCUCACAAAAUAACUAUGCAAUUGCAGUAUAUUGCAAUGCAUUACAUUACAAUACAGCAGAACAGUUUCCAGUAUAUCUUCCUUUAGUACUCUGUUAUUCUGUGUUAAAAAAUACAAACAUAUCAUUUAGAAUGUAGUUCUCUUGAAAAGUUCUAUGAAAUUUUAUGCUGUUCAUAUCUGUUUUUUUGUAGAACAGUUUUGUUUGAGAUACCUACACUGGAUCUGUGUAUAUAGUUUUUUGUAUUCUUUUAUUUUACAUUCUACAAGUUCAGUUUAAUCCCUGGCAAGAUUCACAUGAUUGAUAUUUACCAUUUUCUGAGCCUUAAGUAUUCAUUAUGCCAGAGCAACCAGUAGAAAUACUUAGGAUAUAACACAAACAGAGUGCAGUAACACAAAGAAUCUGAAAUUACUGUAGGUCUGAUUACAGCAUUUAGAACAAUAAAUAAACAUUUUGAUUUGUUACUUCUCUGGUGCAAAGUUCAAACCCUGUGCUAACUGUUUUUUUUUUAUCCAAACCACUUGUUACAAUGUUAAUGCAAACUGAAAAGAUUUGUAACAAUAUAUUCUAAUAAAAAGUAUACAAUCACAAAUUCAGGUUAUAUGGAGAUUGACCGAGGCAUGUGAACUUUCACAUAUUAAUGUUUGGAGGUUAAAUUUUCUGCAAUAAGCCUAAAUAAUUGUACUCUUAACUAUUGCCAAAGAUUGUUUUUGAGACGUAAGAUAAAUAACAAGUAUGUUUAAUAACAGUUUUUUGUGGAUUCCAUGUGAAAUAAUAUUCCCUGGUCUAUAAGUGAAAACCCAGUGAACUCUUGUGCAGCUUGCCACAGGCAUUUCUCGGUACCUCAUGUGAAAGCAAAAAGUACCCAAAGCCACGUCUGCACUUAAAACAUUCACAAAACUAACAAGAAAGUGUUUCAUGUCACUUGAUACAAAAACUGUUUGAGUCAAAAUAAUGCAAUAUCAUUCUCAACGAUCUUCUUACUGGUGCCUGUAAGGCAAAACAAAGAUGUAAACUAAAGCAAGAGAUUAGAUGGGUUUAGUCACAUUCACAGGCUGAAUAUUUAAAAAAAAAAUUCUUCUGGUUGAAUUGCUUAGCAGUAAUGUACAUUUUCACUUUUCAAAUUCAUUCAGAGAUUAAAGGAUAUAUUUUAUACCUUAUAUAUGCAAAAUGUAAAAGGCAAGCUGCUAUAGUUAUGAAGUAAACACAUAUAUAUUUAGCCAGGAAACAAAAAAAUAAUAGUAAUUCAGUAUAUCCUAAAAUACAGGUAUGGGACCUAUUAUCCAGAAUGCCUGGGAUUUGGGGUUUUCCAAAUAAGGGUUCUUACCAUAAUUUGGAUCUGCUUACCUUAUUUUCACUAAAAAAAUAAUUUAAACAUUAAAUAAACCCAAUAGUAUUGUCCUGUUACCAAUAAGGAUUAAUUAUAUAUCAGUUGGGAUCAAGUACAAACUACUGUUUAAUUGUUACUGAGAAAAAGGAAAUACUUUUUUAAAAUGUGAAUUAUUUAAUGGAAAUGGAAUGUGAGCUGGCUUUCCUGUAAUUGGGAGCUUUCUGGAUAAUGGAUCCUAUACCUGUACCUUUGGAGUAAAGCUUUUUUUUCCAUCACACCUGUGGGUAAGGAGGUAGUAUAGGGUUGUUGGGAAGUGGAGACUAUUUGUGCCCACAUUAUUCUGCAUACCAGGAGCAUAUGGGUUGAGGGCAAAACUAUAAAUUCAUUUUGAUAUUGAAAAUACCCUUUACCUUUAAGGGUGAUUAAAAAACAGUAAUCCAAACAAUAGAUUGUUAGAAGAUAAUAGGAUGGGGAAACAGCCCUGUAGAGGAGUGGCUAGGAAUUCUAUUUCUGCAGAUAGUGCUUUUUAUACUGAUGUUUAACCCUUAGAAGGUUGUCCAGUCAGGGGCUAUAUUGGACUCCAUAUAUAGAUACCCAUCCAUUUAAAGUGCACCUGUAUCUCCAUUCUGCAACAAUGUCCUUCAAGGCACAUGAAUCAUGGAUUCAAAAAUGUUUUGUAAACUAUUUUAUAAUGGCAACAUUUCUGUGUAAAAAUAAAUAAAGGUUAUUUUGAUAUUUUGUGA